CACCAUAAAAUCAAACGAUUAGAAAAAAAAAUCUCUUCAAAUUUCAAUCUCUCUCUCUCCGCCAUGGCUUCUCUUCUCCUCCGUCUCCCAAUCGCCGCCGUCGCUCUCCUCCUCCUCGCUCUCUCCACCACCACUGUAACCGCUCGUCCGUGCCGCACCUUCAUCAUCUCCUCCUACUCCAUCCGCAACCCAUCCACCAACGCCUUCGCCACCAUCACCGAGAUCCGAUCCAUCUCCCCUCUCUUCAUAAACGACAACACCAAACCCUUCGAAAUCCUCCUCGAUCGCCCCGUUCAACACCAAACCCACUCCCAAAGCGCGUCUCAUCCACGCGGCCCCUUAGGUUUAGGGUUUUCCACCGACGCUUACGAUUUCUCUUCUCUCCGUGAUCGUACCAAGGAUAUCCUCAGCGUCGCACUCGCCUUGCUAUUCGGCGUUGGUUGCGGUGCUCUUACAGCCGCCACCAUGUACCUUGUCUGGUCCGUCUUCACCGCUCGUCAUGAACUCCGCGCCGCUGCUUACGGUGAUUUCUCCGAUGAUGAGAUUGAAAGCCCCAAGAAAAUGGGUGGUUAUGUCAAGAUUCCAGCAACUGAGACAGCUGCUCCUGCUCCUGCAGCACCGGUGAAAGAUUCGGUAUGAGAAUUUUAAGAAUCGGAUUUUAAGUGGUUUAUGUGGAUUGUUAAUAAUCAUAGUUGAAUUUGAAUGUAAAAGAAACACCGAAAGGUGCAAACUCUUGCGCUGUAUCAGUUAUUACAUGUUUAAUUUGGAACUUGAUGAUGUACUUUGCAAUAUUUUAGGAUUAUUAUUAUGAUGAUGAAAACCCUAGUGUUGAUUAUGUUGGUUUUCUGUGUUGAUUUGUUCCAAUGUGGAAACCUUACUUAAAUUAUGUUAAACUUGAUGAUGCAAAUGGAAGUAAUCAUAAUAUAUAUAUGGUA